AACAACCUGGGUCUUUGGUUUGGUGGGAGGAAGCACCUGGAACUUUGAACAGGAUGCUGGUCUUCUGGACAAUCACGCUUUUCCUGCUGGGAGCAGUCAAAGGGAAAGAAGUGUGCUAUGAUGGCCUCGGGUGUUUCUCUGACGAUGAGCCCUGGGCUGGGACUACAAUCAGGCCCCUGAAAAUUCUCCCCUGGAGCCCAGAGAAAAUCGGCACCCGCUUCCUGCUCUACACCAAUGAAAACCCAGAUGUCUUUCAAACUCUCCUCCCCUCUGACCCAUCAACGAUUGAGGCAUCAAACUUUCAAACAGAGAGGAAGACCCGGUUCAUCAUCCAUGGCUUCAUAGACAAGGGAGACGAGAGCUGGGUGCUGGACAUGUGCAAGAACAUGUUCAAGGUAGAGGAGGUGAACUGCAUCUGUGUGGACUGGAAGAAGGGCUCCCAAACCACCUACACCCAGGCCGCCAACAACGUGCGGGUGGUGGGUGCCCAGGUGGCCCAGCUGCUCAGUAUCCUCUCGACAGAAUACAACUACUCGCCUUCCAAAGUGCACCUCAUUGGCCACAGCCUGGGCGCCCAUGUGGCUGGAGAAGCAGGACACAGGACUCCAGGCCUGGCCAGGAUUACUGGGCUGGAUCCCGUCGAGGCAAGUUUUGAGGGCACUCCAGAGGAGGUCCGACUCGAUCCCUCUGACGCCAGCUUCGUGGAUGUGAUUCACACGGAUGCAGCUCCCUUGAUCCCGUUCUUGGGGUUUGGAACAAACCAGCUGAUGGGUCACCUUGACUUCUUCCCCAAUGGAGGAGAGAACAUGCCGGGAUGCAAGAAGAAUGCCCUGUCACAGAUUGUAGACCUGGAUGGCAUCUGGGCAGGAACCCGGGACUUUGUGGCUUGCAAUCACCUCAGAAGCUACAAGUACUACUUGGACAGCAUCCUCAACCCCGACGGGUUCGCGGCGUACCCCUGUGCUUCCUACAAGUCCUUCGAGUCUAACAAGUGCUUCCCCUGCCCAGACCAAGGGUGCCCACAGAUGGGCCACUAUGCUGAUAAAUUUGCUGGCAAGACGAGUGAGGAGCAGCAGAAGUUCUUCUUGAACACUGGAGAGGCCAGCAAUUUUGCCCGCUGGAGGUACGGGGUUUCCAUAACACUGUCUGGAAGAACAGCUACGGGUCAGGUCAAAGUCGCUCUGUUUGGGAAUAAGGGAAACACUCACCAGCAUGACGUCUUCAGGGGGAUUCUCAAACCAGGCUCCACGCAUUCCAAUGAGUUUGAUGCGGAUGUUGAUGUUGGGACAAUUGAGAAAGUCAAGUUUAUUUGGAAUAACAACGUGAUAAAUCCCACCCUCCCCAAAGUGGGUGCUGCCCAGAUCACUGUGCAAAAGGGAGAGGAGAAGACAGUGUACAACUUCUGUAGCGAGGAAACUGUGAGAGAGGACACUCUGCUCACCCUCACUCCCUGUUAAACUCAAGGUGCAAUAUGGUCCCUUGUUAACAUCAAUAAAAUCCGUCGAUGCAUUUACCUA